GCGUGGAAUCUCAAGUCUGUCCACUUCGCCUGAUUAUGGCUGUAAUUCGUGGGAGACAUAUUUUUUCAUACCACAAUAUCCAAGGACAAGACAGUGGAUAAUUGCACGCAGCAGAACAAGAUGAAGAUAGACUAUCUUCUAGAGAGUACUGAAGGCGACUGUUAAUUAUGACCAGUCUGCUUUUUGAACCAAAUAUUUCAAUUUCAAGUCAGAAAAAAAUAAAUAUGUGCGGUUGACUUUCGUUGUACUUCUGACUGUACGUUUUAUUUUCCCGGCACUAAGAAAGUGCGCUUAUACGCAUACGUUGGCACAAUACCACAGGAAUUUCUCCCACUCGAAGUUUACCCUGCGCAUCCCAUUUAUGGUUUUGCGCAAGCUCCUCUGAAUGGGGGUGUACUGAGUGUGAUUUCCUGCUUCUGAGUCGAGCAUUCUGUGAAGUACAGUCAAACGCAAAGCACCUGACGCUGCAGCUGAGUGGUUUAAAGAUGUUGCGACUUCUCAUUCUGUGUUUGGUUCUAAGUACAGCAGUCACUUCGGAAGAAGUAGACGAUGAACCUUCUGGGGACGGCGGUGACGACGAAGAUGGACCAAAUGAUGUCGAAGAACGUAUCCAAGAUGAGCGUGUUCUGGAGAAUUUCGCUGUCCAAACUGAGCACGGUCCGGCGAAUCACGAUGGACGGAUGCUUGACAGUGUGGAAAAGGCGCAAGCAAAUGAUGAAAAAGAGGGAGUGACCAGCACCAUCGUCAUCGCGGUCGUGUGCGUGGUGGCGCUGGCUGCCGUCGCCAUUGCAGCCGCUAUCCUGGUCAGACGCCACAUGCUAAAUCGACAGCAAGGAGUGUACUCUGUGCCCGUAGAGCAGUCGGAGAAACCCGCCAUCUAAGCCUCACCGAAGCCUGCCCACCUGAGGAGGACCUGUAGGGGGCGCUGCUUCGUGGGCUUCUGCAAUACUGGUGUCUUCUCCUGCAGCUGUGGGCAACCUUGGCUCCUCUCUCUCUCUCUCUCUCUCACUGGGACAUUAUGACUUAUGCUGGAUCCUCGCCUAUCUAAUUGGACCCCCCAUGCUCCUGAUCAGGGAGUUGCUAAAGAAUCAGUCUCGCAUAGACAGACCCGUCUCCACACUUCGUUUCAGCGCUGUGCCAGCGCUGGAGAAAGGUCUGGCUUGAACCCAUUAUCAUUCCGGUAUAGGGGAAAAAAAAAAAAAACGCUCUGGCUUGUUUGUAUUUCUUUAAAAACCAAUCACAGUCGUCUUGGGCGACGCUAAGCCCAGGAUGCAGGGAGGAGAAUUCUGAUUGAAAUAGUCGGCCAGUGGCAGGCUUAUUCCCACAGUCCAUAUCCUGUGAAUCAGACUACUACAUGACUGCUAAAGUUGUAUGCGUUCCAAUUCUUUCAUUUCCUUAGCUCCCCCCCCCCCACUGAGGACUGUCCAUAUAUGGGCAUGGUUACGUGGUUAUGUUCUCAGCCACAGCUGCAGUUUCACACGGUGUGAAACAACUGCGAAACAGAAGAGGCUCCUCAGCAUGAGAAAGAAGAUGAAAUCCAAUCGAGACCAAAGAACAAAAAAAAAGAACCAAAAAUCCUAUGGCAUCCCAUUUCCUGUAGAGAUAGGACAUGCUUUAAAAACACUCCUCCACCUACCAUGUAACAUUAUUCAAUGUUCAGGCAAUUUUAAUUUCCUCUAAGGGGCUGGUUCACCUCAGCCAUGAUUUUCUGGCCCAGCAGGGAAAAAAAAAAAAAAAAAAGAAUCCCCCUACAAUUUGGGGUUUUGAACAGGACAUAAUUUAAGUUAUUAUGGGCUAUACUGAGAGACAUCACAUCAUCAAAACCAUUCCAAACCACUCUCACACAGACCUUUGGGGAAUUUCCCCCCAAGAAUUCUUAAUAGCAGUGGCAUGUAGCUGUCAUUGUUAAAUGUAGCUGGGGAAACACUGCUGAACAUGAAUACCCGUACGGGCACCUGCUUUUUUUCCGCCCCCCCUUUCAUUGUGUAGAGCAGUGUUCAUGUUCUCGUCUGUCACUACCAACAUGAAUCACAGCAGUCAAAGACGGAGAAAUGUUACUAAGCCUGCUGCGAGCAGAACUCAGGCGGAAACCACUGGUCUGAACUUCCCCACUUUCAUAGCAUCGUGCUAAUUAGCCGGCGUAAAUGUUCCCUGUGUAGUUAGACAGUUUCUUUCCCCUUCAUGCCCUAUCACUGAUUACGAUGCGUCCUGCAUAAGUGCUACGUGCCUUCGUAAGCACUGAAUAAACGCUCAGUGCUGCUGACUGACGGUCAUGGUGCCGUGUAGCACGCGUACAUGACGUCUCCAUGGCAUUCUGAUUAUUGUUAUGCAUGCUAUAUAUAUGGCAUUCCCACAAUGACAGCCCGUGUCAGCUGGAGCAGAUGUUUGGGCAGUCUUCAUGAACGUGCUACGCAGUGCUUAGGAAGGCCCGUGUCAUUUUUUUGUCGCGUAGGAUCCCUCAUAGAAAGUGUUUCCGUUGUAAAUGGCUCUCCGAUAGCGAGCGCUGGUCGUGUAUUUCAGUGUUUUUGGAUUAGAGGGUGGCGGGAGGAGGAAGAGCGUGCACGGAGAAGCGGUCUGGACAGCGCCUAGGCCGUGCGUGCUUCGCUCACACAGAGUGCGCCUGGAGUGGCUGCCUUCUCCCUCUUUUCAUUUAAAUGGAAAUCACCGUCGCCUCGGUGCAAAAGCUUUAUGGUUAGGUUUGCCACUUUGCCGAGUUAUCUCCAUAUUCCCAAAAAGAAAGUAAUUUCAGCAGCAGGUCAGAGGUGAGGCGGUGGGGUGGGGUGGGGGUGGUGGGGGGGAUGCAACAUGUUUUGGUGUGAGGGUGUUUUUCACUUCACCCCAGGAUCAUAAAGAUGAUUCAGUGGAGAUUAACUUAGUCUCAAGCCACAGGAUUGGCCCCUUGCGCGAGAAAUCGAAUGUGGAAAUGAUCUCGUCUGGCGAGAACAUAGCGUCCGGUGUCUUGACUCCGCUCAACCCCGCGGCUCUGAUGUCACGGGCGCUGGAUCAGCCUGGCGGAACGCCAGCGUGCCGCGCCUCCCCGAAAAAACGAGACCUGGGCCUGGCCUGAGCCCGGCGCUGCUCCCGUCCGUUUGCUCCGGAUCACAGGCGCUGGAAGCACGGGCGGGAAAAGGGCACAGAGGAACGGCUUCGCUUUACAACAUCGCGACCCAUUACAUCCAAGGGCGCAGAAGUUGUUGUUUUUUUUUUUUUACAUUUAGACAAUUUAUUAUGUGUGUUUUUUACAUGACUUACAUUUAAAUGGGUGUCAAUGUCCAGUUCUAAUAAAUACAAAGUAAAUACACUAGCGGUUAGGGUGGUCGAUAAUAGGUGCUCUCACUCUACUUGUUGCUCCUCCGUCGUGGAGUCUCUGGCUGUUUUUUUUUAAAGAAUUUCGUCGGUUUAGGCAAACUUUCCUUAAACUGGGCAUCUUUCUUCUUCUUUCUCUUCUCAAAAUCACUUUGAAAACGCGGUAACAUAGUGACUCUCUGCCUCUGAUGGCAACUCGAAUUUCCACGUCAUUGAUUAGGCACAAAUGUAGGGAGGUCAAGGUGGAAUAGUCCGUUAAAUGUGAAAUGUGGGUGAUAAUAAAUAUUGGCAAAUAUAGAUAUUUAAAUGGAUAGGCCCACAUUUACAUGUAGAUAGAUUUAUUUUGAUCUAUUACACAUUAUCAUUCGUUUGGAGUGACAAGAAAGGAAAAAUGUUUUAUAAAUUUAAAAAAAAGAAAAAAGGAAACACAAAUUCACGAGGCCCCUUUGGCGGACGAGGCCCCAAGCAAUUGCCUACCUAUGACCUAUGGUAAUACCGCAUGGUGUGCUUGCGUGUGUGUUUGUGUGUGUGUGAGAAUAAAAUGUGUUUGUGUGCGUGUGUGUGCAUAAAGUUAUUGAAAUUCCUGGUAGCCUGCUCCUGUGCUGAAACCAUUUCAAUAAGAUGAUAUUAAAGCAGCAAAUCAUUUCAAGAAUUCCUUUUUUCCCCCCACUUUUCACUUUUCUCUUCCGUUUGACAACCCGAUAGGACGAAAGGCAGUUCAUUGUGCUCUCAAACAAAGUAGCGAGAUACGCCAGCGGUUCGCGACGAGGCACGAUUGGCAAAUGACUAGCGUAAGCCUGGCCCGUUUGAGCUGAAGCCAAAAGAUUAUAACGUGAGCAUCCUUGGCCUUCUUUGUGCCCCGUUUUGUCUCCCGAGUCUCUCCAUGCGCACGUUUCGUAGCGCUGCAGCCAAUCUACCUUGUCUGUGAAUUAUUUUUAUUUUUUUUUACCAGUGAUUUCUCUUUUCUCCCCUCUUUCUUCGCUAGGGUCUCUACAUGUGGCUAGUGCCUUGUGCCUAUUACGCUGAGACCCAUAAACCCCAUCGCUGCCUGUAACUGCUGCGCUGAGUGUUUGAAAAUAGAAAAAAAAUCUUGAUCAGGUCCUCCGGAAACUCUGUCAUUUACGUUACGGUUCCUCGGGGACGCUUUUUUUUUAACUUUCCCUGCCGUUUUGAAACAAUCACCAUUUUAUUAAAUGAAAGCAGGACCGAGCCGCCCGAACCACUGUGCGUUUACACCGUUCCUGGCCUGACCCGUCAACGCUCGUCACACGGGGGCCUUGAUGCCGAAGUCUGUCUGAAAAUAGGUUUUAUUUCCAACUCCAGCAGAAUUAUUGUAAGUGUCCAAGGUCCGCAUUUCCAUCUUUUUAAAUGUAAUCUUAAAAUGCAUCAACCAAGUAGAUCUGUAAAGUGCUUGGGCAGUACGAGGGAUAGCAUUUCUACUGCACUGGGAACCAGCAAUAUAUGUAAAAAUGAUUUUACUUGCUGGGAGGUUCUAUGCAAUAUAAAAAUAUAUAUUUUUGUACAUUGAAUAAUUUUUCUUUAUAAUGUCUUUAUUCAGACUAUUUAAUUCCUACUAGUCCCACUAGUCGCUCGAUCACUGAAAUUGUUACAUUAUAAUUAAUGAGCUCUGGAUAUACUGAUUAUUUUAUGUAUUUGUUUUCUUUACAAAUGCCUUAUAUCUAAAGGGGAAUGGGUUGUUUGUUUAUCCAUGUUUUUACGACAUCACAUUUAAACGUCGUUUUGUUUAAAUGCAGUGGUAGUGGUUUUAUUACGAUGUUGAUUGCAUUUCAUUUUUGCUAGACUACUCCCGGGACCUUAAAUUAAUGCACUGUACGCUGCCCUUCGUUGAGUAAUGCACUGGGAGCGAUAGCAUAAAAGCCAUAAGACAAAAAAAAGCCCUGUAUUGUAAUGGAGUGCCCCUGCUCUGGCCAGCCUGUACAUUUUGUCCAUGAAAGGCUGUUCUGCUGAACCGAGAAGCUAAGCAAUUUAAAGGGGUAUGCUUUUGUUUUUUGUUUUAUUUUAUUUUUUUGAUAAGGCAAACUGAUUAAGCCACCAAUAAAGAACCUGUUAUCAGUUUUAACUCGUAGAUUUUACAGGGGCUUUGGAUGUAAUCUAGGAUAUACAUGUAUAUAAAUGCAAAGAUGUUUUCACUGGCAUAGCAUUAACAUGGUCUGAACACUGGGAAUUAAAAGAAGAAGAAAAAAACUGGGUGUGGAUCACUUUUUCACUGUAUAUAUUUUAAACGCUGUAUUAGUUCAUUUUUGCCUGAGGACCAAAUGACAUCUGUGUGAAAAUAAAUGUACUCUACUGCACUUUUA